AUGAUGACUGAGAAUGACCGGCCAGAACUGCCGAUUAGAUCGGCCUCUCUAGAUAAUCUGAGACCAAAAUCGAGUCUGAGGAAGAAACUGAAAUUUAUUGAUGAUACAUCCACAAAGGCUAAUGGCUCAGUUUCAGUUGGUUCGGGACUAAGCAGAUCUGCUGGUGAUGAGGGGAUCCACGAUUUAAACUAUAUGCUGCAUAAUAAAUUGAAGAUAGUGGACUCAGUGCUGAACGGACAAAGGACGAAGAGGAAGACAUCAGGGGAGCGUGAUCAAGAUAGCUUCAAAUCGCGGUCUGGAUUUGAAGGAAGGAUUAGCACAGUCGCAUUUGAUGAUGAUAAUGAAGAAUACCAGGAUAAUGAUGAGUUGAGCUUCGAUAACCGCCAAGGCAAUGAUGAGGAAGAGUUUGUGCUUGGUGAAAAUGUCGACGGGGAUGAAGACGAUGAAGAUUUUACGAAUGUUGACGAAAUCGACGGUCCAAUCUUGGCAAAGGCGAAGGAGAAGACUGAAAAUAGGCAAGAUGUAGAUUAUAAUCUUCCAGUCGAUGUGGAGUAUCAAAAAAGUUUGGACCAAAGGGCAGCGGAAAUUGAUAACUCCUCAAAUUUCAGACCUAUUUCCAAACCGAGAGUCGAGUGGUUGCUGAAUGAUUUUUAUAGUCUUUCAGAGGACUUGCCAGAAUGGUUCUGUGCUUCUGAUUACGCAUUAUUUCAACAAACCAGGAUCCAAUUCGACCAUAUUGUUACAGAUUUAGAAAGGUUUAUUAGCGAUGAUGCCUGGGCCUCCAAGGCAAUUUUGAAACUGGUAGCAAAUAUAUGGCAAUGUGAUGCGUCAGGCCUUUUGGCAUUGACGUAUGUUUCAAUGGGAACCUACGGUUUGACCCGUAAUUUUGAAUCUCACACACUAAAUAUUCAACGUAACAAUACGCUGAUGUGCUCUAGUCUGCCGGAAUUGAUCCAGGCGUUUAAAGAUAUCGCCAUAAAGUGUAGAGACGAUCAUAAUGAGCUGAAACAAAAGACGACGUUGUUGUUCUACUCUAGCACCAUAUUAUACUUCAUCGUCAACGUUUGCAUUGAUUCACGACAGGAAAGGCCAGACUUAGUACAAAGAGCUAUAAAAGUGAUUGAGGAAGCAAAAUUACUCCAAUUUUUGACUCGAUACAUUGAACACUGGCGAUGGAACAGCAGGCUUUCCAUGAGAAUCAGAAACAUAAUAAACUUAUUAUACAAACUAUUAGUCCUUCAGUUUGGUGAUAAGAAAUUGCAUAAAAGGACUAAAAAACGCAUUUGUCAAAUGCAUGAUAUAAAAGACACCAAUAAUGGCAACACCAAGAAGUGUACGAUUUCACCGCUGUAUUAUCAAGCAUUUCGAGAGGAUAUCACCGCGCGAUUUCCUAAUUAUAUUACCCCCAAGGCUGGAUUACCGGCUGAUGUUGAUAAUUCGAACUCUUUAUCUCAGUUUUUGGAGAUUCCGAGAUCGAAAGUUAGGAAUCCUGUAAACCUUUCUUUGGCGGUUCCAGAACAGAAUUUGGCUACGCCGGCACCUUCCCCACCUAGUUCACCUAGCAUUAUUCAUUUGGGUCAAAGUUUGAAGCCUAAGAAAUCGUUUCAAACCAAUAUGGCGUAUCCUUGUCUGUAUCCAUCAGACGACGAAGAUGGCGAUGACGAUUUCAAUGAAAGAUUUGGCCCAGAACAAGCUAGUCAAGAAGCAGCAGUCCCGUAUAGCAUACAAGAGGCGUCAAAGAUCUUGUCUGAGAAUGUGGAGAUCAAACUAGGCGUCAAACAACUAUGGCAUGAACGAAAAUUAUUCAUGAUGACGGAGCGUGGCUGGAAAGUGGAUCAUUCCAAGGAUCCCUACAAUUACUCCCAAAUGGCCAAUAGCGAGGGCGAACAAGCAAUUGAAAUUAUGAGAAGGAUAGAAACAUAUUACGAAGACUGUUUCUCGAGUUUUAACUCCCUGGUCUUUGUGCUUCUCCAAACAAUGGAAUCCAAUUUGACAAAUGUGGACUUCCGCACGGCAGAUAUGGCUGAGAAAGGUGAGAUGAGUUCUCUGGCGCCUCGUCUUGAGAUAACAAGAGCAAAAGAACUGUCGAUGAAAUCAUCAGCUGGGAUAAUUUAUCUACUACUGAGAUGGUUCAAACUAAACCACGUUCUAAAGUUCGAACAUUUUGCCGUGUUACUCAACGACUCGCGUUAUGUCCACAUUUGCACCACCAUCCUUUCCAAAUAUGCAGAUAAUUACGCCGACAAGAUAUACAACAGAAUGAUGUCCACCAAUUACAGUCUAUGGCAGCACUGCUCGACUUUCAACACCGCCUACCAGGCCUCCUACACCAAGGAUGCUAGCGAGUACAACAAGAUAAUGCUAUCGUCUUUUGCCUAUAUGCUUAAAAUCUUGAGAAAAACUAUAGGCAACAAGACCGAACGUCUGAAGGAACUACCUCUGUCAGUUGGGCUUUUGUUCAAGAAAUUCUACCGCGUCUUUAACCUGGAUAUAUACCAUCCAAUAUUGCGUAUUAUCAAAGAGCUAACACCUUUCAAGAAUAAGAGAUGGAAGUCUGAGCACAUGGAAUUGAUCUCAGGUGUGUUUCUCUACGAACGCCUCGAGCUGAUCGACAACUGGGUCACUGGAAAAGACGUAUCGGGGGAACUCUCUGAUGCCUGCGGUCAAGAGAUAGCCCUCCGUGCUUUGUUGCAGUUCUACAAUUUUUUGCAUUAUGAAAAGGCUAUGGAGGAUCUUGGCUACAGUGAACGCACAAACUCUAACCAGUCUCUACUCAACAAGGAAGCUGAAUAUCUAGGUAUGUGA